AUGUCUGAUACACCAUCUAUACCGAGUCACCUCCUGCCCUUUCUUCCUUCUUCAGCUAUUCCAAUUCCAUCUCCUUCGUCAUCUUCCUCUACCCUCACCAAUAAUACCGAUACCAGGCACAAUAUCAAUGUCAAUCGCAACACGAGUAAAACAUCUAUACCUACAUUCCCACCCGUAUCAGCAGCUGCUCCGCCUCCUAAGAAAUCAAGUACUAUAUCAAUGUCAUUGUCUACAAACGUCUCGGAUUUGUUAUUAUCGAGUUUAUUGCCUCCCAAUCUACCUAAAUUACCUUCUUCAAUACCUUCAUCCGGGGGAAGGAAAGGGGUCGGUGCUCCAAGAGAAUUAUCUACCCAGAAAGAAGGUCUGAGCUUACCAUUGGUCAGUAACAAUUUUAGGAGGUUCGUCACUAGGGUCGGUCCCGUAUUCUGGUUACAAGAUAGAAUUGAAGAAAUUCUAUUUUGGAGAAAACCGAUUUGGACUUGGGCGUGGAUGAUGACUUGGACGUUCAUAUGCUUCCAACCUCGAGCUCUCCUUCUUCUCCCAUCAUUAAUCUUGAUGUUGAUCCUGCUCCACACUCAUGAACGACUUGCCCCCUUACCAUCCUUAUUGGGCAUUUCGAUACCUCCAUCAACAGCUACAGAUCGAUUCCAACCUCCUUCACCUAAUCCAGCUGGUAAUCCCAAUGCCUCAGGAGGAGGCUUCACCUCUACAAGUACAAAAGACGCAGAUGGUGAAACUGUUGAAAAAGUAGUCGUACCUCCUAAAGAAGCUGAAAGUGCAGUUGAUUAUUAUAUGAACUUGCAAGCUAUUCAGAACCUCAUGGGUUUAAUAUCCGAUGGAUAUGAUUAUAUCGCACCCAAACUUGCAUCACUCCAAUCUACGAAUCCACCUUCUUCAACACUCUCAUUACCUAUAACACCAACACAUUUGGUUCUUUUACUGCUUCCACCGACAUUUCUCUUACCACUUACUCCCUCUGCGUUGAUCCCUUACCUACUUCUUCCAAUGGGUUUAUCACCUCCACUGUUGUUUCAUCCUAACGUAACUCCAUUCAUAUACACUCUACCCUCUCAUCCGGUCAUUCGAAAGAUACGAUCAUACAUCGAAAAUUUCUUACUGGAUGAUAGACUAUCAGAUGAAAUCGGUAGAAGUACAAUAUCAAAAGUAGAAGUAUGGGAAAAUGAAAGAUUAGAUCCAAAAAUAUCUUCAUCAUUAUCAUCAAAUACAACCAAUGCGAAUUCAUCCAGUUUGACAUCUUUAUCGAACACAUCGAAUUCACAAAGUUCAGUUCUUCCUACGAUACCGAAUGGUAGUUGGUCUUCGAAAAAUCUAAGAGCAAGUGAUAGAUCACCUUGGAUAAAAGUAAAUAAUGAUCAGAGCAAAUGGAAAUCCAUUGAAGAUCUUCCAAUGCCAAGUUCCAGUGAUGCGAAAAAUAGUGAAAAUGAGAACAGUAAAGAAAAUAAAGAAGCUAAAUUGGUUUUAGCAUUGAAACAAGGAUGGCAAUGGAUUCCAGGAGAAGAUUGGAGAAUUGAUUUAUCAGGUUUAUGGAGUGAUCAUGGUGUUGAUGAAGAAGGUUGGUUGUAUACCGAUGAUUCAUGGCAGAACCCCGCCCCAACACCUUAUACAGAAGCUGAUAUUCCAUCGAACGACAAGAGCUUGACCGUGACAGCAGGUAUGAUGCCUGGAUUAGCUUUGAGAAGGACAACAAGAAGAAGGAGAUGGUGGAGGAGAGUCUACGAGAUUUCGCACGAAGUAUAA